GGGCAGCAGCAGGACUUUGAUCUCUUGGUGAUUGGUGGAGGAUCUGGUGGCUUGGCUUGUGCCAAGGAAGCUUCUCAGCUUGGAAGAAAGGUGGCCGUGGUCGACUAUGUGGAGCCUUCUCCCCGAGGCAAACGCCUUAACUGCUAAGUCAUCUCUCCAGCCCGAAAGCUCUUAUUUUUAAAAUAACUGUGAAUACGGUCACAGGGAACAAAUCCCUCUGGUACCAGAUGGGGUCUUGGUGGCACCUGUGUCAAUGUGGGUUGUAUCCCCAAAAAGCUGAUGCAUCAGGCAGCACUGCUGGGGAGCAUGAUCAAACACGCCCACCACUAUGGCUGGGAGGUGGCCCAGCCCAUUCAGCAUGACUGGAAGAAAAUGGCAGAAGCUGUGCAAAACUAUGUGAAGUCUUUAAACUGGGGUCACCGUGUUCAACUUCAGGACAAGAAAGUCAAGUACUUUAAUGUCAAAGCCAGUUUUGUCAACAAGCAUACAGUUGGCAGUGUCACAAAAGAUGGGAAGGAGACUCUGCUUUCAGCUGACCACAUAGUCAUUGCCACAGGAGGACGGCCGAGGUACCCUACACACAUUGAAGGAGCCUUGGAAUAUGGAAUUACAAGUGACGACAUCUUCUGGCUGAAGGAAUCCCCUGGGAAAACGUUGGUGGUUGGAGCCAGCUAUGUGGCCCUGGAGUGUGCUGGCUUCCUCACAGGGGUUGGACUAGAUACUACAGUCUUGAUGCGCAGCAUCCCUCUCCGAGGUUUUGACCAGCAAAUGGCAUCUUUCGUCACAGAGUACAUGGAGUCUCAUGGCACCCAAUUCCUAAAAGGCUGCAUCCCUUCUUGUGUCAAAAAACUCCCAACUGGCCAAUUGCAGGUCACCUGGAAAGACUGUGCAUCUGGCAAGGAGGACAAAGGCACCUUUGACACUGUUCUGUGGGCCAUAGGCUGUUCUCAAGCUGGCUACACUAAGGAUGACCUUGAGUUCCUGAUCCUCCUGACUCCACUUCUUGUGUGCUGGGAGUGCACAACCAGGCGAGUUCCAGAAACUAGAAGUUUGAAUCUAGAGAAGGCUGGAGUGAAUACCAACCCUGAGAAUCAGAAGAUUCUUGUGGAUGCCAGGGACACCACAUCCAUCCCGCACAUCUAUGCCAUUGGAGAUGUUGCUGAGGGGCGGCCUGAACUGACUCCCACAGCUGUCAUGGCAGGGAAGCUCCUGGCCCAGAGGCUUUAUGGGAAAUCCUCAGCCCUAAUGGAUUACAACAAUGUUCCUACGACUGUCUUCACGCCCCUGGAGUAUGGCUGUGUAGGACUGUCAGAGGAGGAAGCUACAGCCCGCCAUGGCCAGGAUAAUGUAGAGGUUUACCAUGCGUAUUAUAAGCCACUGGAGUUCACAGUGAGUGAGCAGGACGCAUCCCAGUGCUACAUAAAGAUGGUAUGCCUGAAGGAACCCCCACAGCUAGUGCUGGGUCUCCACUUCCUCGGCCCCAAUGCUGGAGAAGUUAUUCAAGGAUUUGCUCUGGGAAUCAAGUGUGGGGCCUCCUAUGAACAGGUAAUGCAGACAGUGGGCAUCCACCCCACCUGCUCUGAAGAAGUGGUCAAACUGCACAUCUCCAAGCGCUCAGGCCUGGACCCCACUGUGACUGGUUGCUGAGGUUAAGCCACCAUCCCUGCCAAGCCAAGGGCACACACUGUAUUGCCUGCUCAAUACCAGGCUCCUCAGAAACCUGGACCCAGGACUGGAAAGCCAGGCCUUGGCACCUUCUCAGAGAGCCCAGGAUACAUCUAUGGAGCCUUGUGUGUCUGCACAGACAACGGUGUAUGCCUUGCAGGGAUGGCGUCAGGAAAUCAGCCUACAUCUGCACCUCAUCAUCCUGUUUAGCCUGGCCAGCCUCUCCAGGUCCCCAGUGCCAGAUGAUGAUGGCCUGGGCAGAAACCCCCAUGUGGGGCUGCCCACGUCUGAGCCCCUUGGCAUUUCUGGAAUAACAAAUAAAGAGGAUGUUUCCUGAA